UGUUCGCGCCCUGUAUUCUCAAAUUGAUAAUGUACUGAGUGUGCCUAUAGGUAUUAACUUAGGUGCCUAAGACAGGCACUGCCCCAGACCUGAAAAUGACCAAAGUGACACAAACUGCAACUCAUCGAAGGAAAAAGAAGCGAAUAUGAUCUCAUCACAAUUCUCUUUCUUUCUUCAUUGAUAACGAGGUCUAAGUGACUAGGAGCCCAAAGGAGCAUUUCUGAAUUAAACGGAGAGGGUGUAUGGAGUCGUUUCUCCAACGGAACUUUCCAGUAUCCCAGUCAUCUUAUGAUAAAACCUGGUAGAUAUAUGAGAAAACGCUAACAAAAUUUCAGAAGAAUUCGCGAUGAUUUUUUUUUUAAAAAAAAAAACAAGGGAAAGACGAUAGUUAAGUACAAAGUUAUCGGCGCUUGGACCAUAUUCACCAAGAUAGCACAUGUGACUUCCAUACGUAGCCUUAUCGAUUAACCGGGUUCUUUCACCUAGGACAGAUGUGGAUUUUACUGUUUUAGCUGUUUUAGAAACGUCACCAUAUCGCAAAAUCGCAUUCUUACCGUCACUACGUCACAAGGUCCCUAUCUUUUAACGUCUUAGGUCAUGGAUAAGAUGCUACGACCAUUGCAUCUUCGGGUCGCCCCCUCAAUUUUGAGGCCGGCGAUUCAUCGUCGUCGGUUUCGAAGCUGUCCGCAACUUAACACCCCCAACUACGCACCUGGUCCAUAUUUCUAUCCUCCACCCAAGUCACGAGGAAGUCGGUUGAAAGACAUAGCCAUAGGUUCAGGACUCACCAUUUCCGCUUAUUUGGCAUACAUAUAUUAUCAGUAUCGCCAGCUUUCGAAGGAGAUGCGGGAAGCAGCAAAGCAAUACGAGCAGGAUGAAGUUCUGGAAAUGGAAUUCGACCAUGCCUUUACCGAGGCACGUUAUGCUGGUGAUCAGGAUCGCUUGAAAGAACUCACUUUUGAGCUCGCAAGAGCCAUAUCCAAAGGCCGGGUUGAAGUCGGCCCAUUGCCCAGACUACCCGAAGGCGACAAGUCACACGGCAAGGAUAAUAUCCCGGAAGAAGACACGUUGAUGUUCAUCGUUGACCAUGAUGGAGAUUCACUCAUAGUUCAUCUCGCUGUCAAUGCUGAGUCUCAAGAGAUAUUUCAAUCGGCAUCACGAACAGAUGACCCCGCAGAUCAGAAGGACAGUCCCCUUCUUGAAAUAAUUCUCCGAGUUAAUUAUCAAGCUGCUGAGUGGAUUCGAGAAGGAAUCCUCGGCGAAGAUGGCGAUUUGUUAGUCACUAUCAAUAUGCGAGAUAGACACUUUGGCUUUACGUAUUGUCCAAAUUCGUCUCGUAUCAGGAAUCAAUUGAUAUGAGAUUGCGACCACGCCAAUCUCACCCAUCCAUCAACGCAUGCCGCCUUAUUUGGCAGUCAUUCGACGAGCCUAGAUCCCUGAUCAACAACAAUGCAUGGGAAUGUAUUAUGGAGACCAAUCAGUUCGGUCAGUCUGCUGGGGACAUGCGGCUGCCUUUGGUAUGUUC